ACUCACUUCUGUAUUCAGUGUGUUAGAAGAAAUGGAGAGUCAAGUUGUGCGACGAAGAGUUAACAUGAUUGCUGCUCAUUUGACUGCUCAUGAUGAUAUUUCCACUGCCGCUACUCAUUUGUUUCCUAUGAGCUGUAGCAGUAGUUUGUAUUCUGCGACACUGAGGUAUGAUAACAGAAUGAACUAUGCACGACAAGGUUCCAGUUCUCAAGCUUGUUUCAUGAGGCUCAAUUCAAGUGAACAGGGAAGCUACACUGAAUCUGCCUUGCCUUUAAAGCCUAAUGGUUGUGCAAAAAAAAUCCCUAGUGCUUCUGGAGGACCACUGUUUUCUAGACCUACCAAUAAAGAAUUCCAGUAUACUGCAGAACGUUGCAAAUACAAUGAAACUUUAGCAGAAGCUCCUAAAUUUGCUAGGCCACGUACAAGCAUUGACGAAACAUUGCAUUUCCAAUUGAAAGAAAGAAGAAAAGAACUUGAAUCCUCCAAUGGAAGUGAAUGGUCUCCUAGGAUGGAUGUUGCUGAAUCUGGAAGCAUGUACAUCGUAUCAAUAGAACUUCCCGGUGUCAAUAUAAAUGAUAUAAAGGUAGAAGUCAGUGAGAAAAGCUUAAUAGUUUCUGGAAAUCGUUCGACACAGUGUAAAGUGGCAGCAUACUUGAAUGGCUUGGUAUCAACCUAUCACAAAAGGGAGAUUGUGCAGGGACCAUACCGAGUUUUUUGGCCUCUUCCAAGUAAUGCUAACAAGGAUAGCGUCUCCGCUGAGUUUGUGGACGGACUUCUACAGAUUACUAUCCCGAAACUUUGAGAAACAUGGCAACCAAUCAAGGCACAUAUGUAGGUGUAAAAAAUAAAUUUGCAAAACCAAUAAUUGUAUACAAUGAACCAUGUAUAAGUACUCGAGUGCUAUUUACUGGAAAAUAGUGUAAAAUGCCAUGGAUUAUGAAAUAUACUUGUAAUGCUACAUUAGUAGCCAUAUAUCAAUAUA